ACGAUGUCCUGACGUCAUUCAUAGUACGUAGCUCUCGGAUAGCAGUGCUGUAGCUCGCAUCACAAUGUUAUCGCGGGAGGCGCGUGGAUAUAAGGCGAUAAAGAUGGCCCGAGUGCACUGUACCCUAUGAUAUCACGAUCGACGGAGGCGUGUACGCGGUAGUCAACAAACGGGUUCCGUAAGGUCCUCAUUGCAAUCGAGUUUCAUUACGUUUGAUUCGUUCUGUGUAGAAAGUCGUAUCUUAACUAUCCCACAUUAAGAAGAGUGAAAAUGGCAUUAUACAGUUUAAAAAGCAACUUGCAGUACGCGACGCUGAAGACGCUGUCGCUGGUGUCUAUCAGCGUGAUGACGCCGCAGCAGACGGUGCAGGAGUUGUUCAGGACAGCGGACUGCGUGUGCUUCGAUGUAGACUCAACAGUUAUCCGCGACGAAGGGAUCGAUGAGUUGGCGAGGUUCUGCGGGAAAGGAGAUGAAGUUAAACGACUAACGGCGGAGGCUAUGGGAGGCAGUAUGACGUUUCAGGAGGCCCUGAAGAAGAGAUUGGACAUCAUCAGGCCGACUGCCAGCCAGAUCAGACAGUUCAUUGCCACUUUCCCCAUUAAUCUAACGCCAGGAAUCACACAAUUGGUAAAGGCUUUACAAGAUAGAGGAGUGACAGUCUACCUCGUGUCUGGAGGAUUCCGUUGUCUGAUAGACCCUGUUGCUGAGAUUCUGAACAUCCCAGUGUCAAAUGUCUACGCUAAUAGACUCAAGUUCUUUUUUAAUGGUGAAUACGCGGGUUUCGAUGAGAACGAGCCCACAUCCAGGUCUGGUGGCAAGGGGCUGGUGAUCAGGAGACUGAAGGAGCAGCACAGCUACCAGCGGCUUGUGAUGAUCGGAGAUGGCGCUACCGAUGCGGAAGCCAGCCCGCCAGCUGAUGGAUUCAUAGGUUUCGGAGGUAACGUGAUAAGAGAUGAAGUAAGGAAGAAGGCAGCGUGGUACGUCACCGACUUCCAAGAGCUCCUCACAUCUCUCACUAUCCAAGCGAAGUGAUACAAUUUUAGACUUUAUCGCCAACAGAAUACGUUCGAUAGUAACGUGGCUAUUAGACAAAUUUGACAAUGGUUGUUCCAAGCAGUGUAAUUUAUAUCUUAUUGUUGUAGCGUUAAGAGCGGAAUUCGAUUGCGCAUUUAUGUGAUGCAGUACUAGAAGUACAAACGUUUUAAGUAUUUUCAGGACUUAGUCCUGAUUGAGAUGUCAUUUAGUGGAUGUUUGAUAACUGUUUCUGUUCCCAUUGGCGAAAAAGUUUUAGCAAAACAUGCUAUCGCUCUAAUAUCCUAGAAACAGAAAAAUAAUACGUUUUUUUGUAGAAAAUAUAGAAAAAAUUAAGUAGUAUCUUAACUAAGAAUAUAAAAAUCCUAACACCGGGACGCUUCAUCAUUUAUUUUUAUACAAAGUUUUUUGAUUUACGGAAAGAAAUUAGUCCCUUAUUUUUCCGUAAUAUGGCGAGGGUUUUUAUAUUCCUGGUCAGGCUAUAAUAGCGCCAAUUGUAUCGUAAGUAAUUAUUUAUGUAAUAAAACGGUAAGUGACAAUCCUAUAUAUUUCAUUUAAAAUUGUAUUUAUUAAGAUAAACUAUUAGUUGAAUUUAGUUGUUUCUGUAUAAUUUAAUUAAUUGAAAAAUCGUUUAUUGUUAAUUUUCGUAUAAUGUAAGGACAAGUCAAUUGUUGUAUUUUCAUAGUUUGGACUAUUAUGUUUGGAAGUUGUGAUGUUUUUCGAAUGUUAUUCAGAAUUUCUUUAGACAAAAAUGGCUGUGUACUUCCUAGCUUGAUAAAACAAUUAAAUAAAGUAUUUUAAGUAUA